GCUGUCAGGUGGCCUCAGGAAAACGCGCCUUCCAUGUUGACGCGUCGCCGCCGAAAGUUGCUCGGGAAAAGACAAGCCUUUCCACCUGGAAAAACAACACACAAAGCAACCCCAGGUCAACGUCCGCCAGCGUCGUCCGAUAAUUCUGCACAAACAAGAGGUCUCUGGCAAUCAUGGCAGACAAGCAAGCCCAACCCUCCAGCACAAACACCGACCCGGUCACUACCAGCCUCUCAGCAGCAAGCGGGAGCAUGGGGGGCUUGGUGGCAGCAUCAGGGGACGGUGGGGCACCCACAAUAAGUGAUACGCACCCGGCAAACAACGGAGUUAAUCCACAUGAGUCGUUUGGGUUGACCAAGGAGUUACUGGAAGCCAUUGAUGCAGGCCGACAACGUGUGACAUCUACGGAUCCAGACCACAUCAACAGCCUGCCAUUACGCAGCUACUUGGAUCAAACGGUCGUGCCGGUGCUGAUUGAGGGGUUGAAGGCGCUUGCUAAAGAGAGACCACCAAACCCAUGUGAAUACCUUGCAGUAUACCUCCUCCGGAACAGUGGGAAGACUGCUUCUACAGUGGGAGCGACCGCAACGCCGUCGUCGUCGGUGGCUCAGCCGGCUGGUGGAGCAUCGACAACUGCUGCUCGGUAAUCUUUUCUUGGUGGUUUAUAUGUAUAAUGGACUUUCCUAUUCCUUGAUCGUCAUUGAUGAACUAUGUGUUACACACAAAUACAACCUAUUGUCUCGAUGCCCCAAUCCAAGCUUGAGACUAUGUUACCCCCGGCACUGUUCAGGUUAUAGAUGUCUCCAUCGGGAAGUCCCUCCGUUCUGUGGAAGUUGUAUUUGACAAGUAACGGUUUCCGACUGGAAAAUGCGACGCUCCAUGCUUUGCACACCAAGAGGCAGUUGCGCCGAUCCGAUGGCGAGCCGGUGAGCGCUGCGCGACAGAGGAUGCGAGACAGGAGGUCUGGAGCGGGAUAUAACGAUUUGUAAUUGGCUGCAGCGGAUGUCAUUUGCCUUUGUCCGAAGGACUUUUGAAGAUGAAGCGGUGGAGGCUGAUGUGCAGCUUUGUGGUUGGUUGGUUGGUUGGUGAUCUGGUUGGUGAGAGAGCGGAGAGUCGGAGCAAACGCGUGA